GCCCGGGUGGGAGCAAGAGCCUGAGGGAAGUGGGGAGGAGAGCAAGCAGGGGCGGAGCACACGGGGGGCGCGGCAGCCGCGGACUCGAGCGCGACGGGACGCCCGGCCUCUCCUCCCUCCCUCUCCCGAGAAGCUGAUUUGGGAGAGGUAAGGAAGGAGCUUGUCAUUUCCCGCCAAGACCCGGGAAGGAGUCUGUAGAGGACCGGUGAGGGAAAGUCAGCCGCUAGACGGAGUUUAGGAAAGGCCUGGUGGCGGGGUGACACGGAGGUUGCAGUUUUCCUGACGGGGUUGGCGGCUGAGAUUCAGGCGCGAGUCAGUGGCACCCAAUCCCCAUAUAGAGACGUGUCUCUAAGUGACCCGAGUUUGUGCAACGGGCGGCCCAUCCGCAGCCCGUUUCCUCAGGGUUAGAGCCCCGAAGCCUAAAGAGGGCGCGGAGGUCCGUGUAACCGACCCGAGAGAGUCCGGCGGCGUGGAGCAGGGGCGCUGGUUCGCUGGAGAAAAGACGAUCUUCUCAAGGGACCAGAAAUUAGUGGAAUGCUAUCUUAAACAAGUCAAAAAUCUGUUACAACCAUUAUACUAUUUAAAUGAAGAAAGAUUUAAAAAAAAAAACAACCCACAUAAUUUCCAACUGAUAAUUACCCCAUUCAGACACUGGUGAAUAUGUCCCUCAAUCCAAGUCGACCUUCCUCAUCAGAGUUGGUGGAACUUCAUGUUUUUUAUGUCCCCGAAGGAUCGUGGAACUAUAAGUUAAAUACCAUUUCAAUAGAAGUUGUUAACAAAUUCAUUUCAGCUGGAUUUAUAAGAGUAUCUCCUCACCUUACUUUACAAGCCCUGAGGGAGCGUCUCAGUGAGUUUCUUGGUGAAGAUGCUGUUGCAGAAAAAUUUUUAUUUCUGAAAUGCAUUGGAAAUAAUCUAGCUGUGGUAAAGGCAAAGCAAGAAUCGGAACUGAAACUCAAAUCAUUUGCUCCUCCAUAUGCUCUUCAACCAGAAUUGUAUUUGCUUCCUAUAAUGGAUCAUUUAGGAAAUACUUAUUCUGCAUCAACCGUUUCUUUAGAUGAACAGCAGAUUCAUAAUAGUGUUGCUGAGGCUGAUGGGAUAAUCCACAGACCAGCCAGUGUAACUUUGUCAAAAGAAGAACCUGGAACAGAUCCCAGUUUUUUAGAUAACACUUCGAAAGAGCUUCUUAACAAGAAUCAAGAAGAAGCUGAGGGCAAAGACAUUCCAAAAGAAAACCAGCCUGGAAAAAAACAGUUCGGAAAUUCUGAAUUGCCAGGAUCAUUGGAAGAUUCAAAUGAUUAUGUUAGCAACAAAAACAGUCAGUUUCUUUGGAAGAAUGAAGAUGAUAGAGCUAAUAUCAUUAGAAGAGAUGACAGUCAGACAGGUAAUAAAGAGUACAUCACCCUGCCAGAUCUUAUUGAUUUUCCUUCACUUCCUUGGAAAUCUGCUUUUACUCCAGGAAUAACUGAAAUUUCUUUAUUACAGAUUGAGAGAGAGAAGAUUAUCAAACAAAUAAAACAAGUAAAGGAAGAAAGAAGAUAUUUGGAAAGAAUUAGAGAAGAAUUAAUGAGAAAAGUUGAAAAGCUAUCUGGACAAAACAAAUUGAAGCCAUAUCAUGCUUAUGAUGGUUGGAAGAAAAAGCACUUUGAAACAAAGAAAGUCACAGCAUCAUUGGAAGAGGUUUUAACAAAACUUCGAGAAGAUUUAGAACUUUACUAUAAAAAAUUGCUCAUGCAACUUGAAGCCAGGGAGAUCAAAAUGAGACCAAAGAAUCUGGCAAACAUCACAGACUCUAAGAAUUACCUUAUAAUCCAGAUCACCGAGGUACAGCGUGCAAUUGACCAACUUAAGAGAAAAUUGGAUAUAGACAAAAUGAAUCUCAUCAUAGAAGUUAAGAUGAGAAAACAAGCAAUUUCAGAAGUACGCACAUUGAAAGCUGAACUGGCACAAAAUAGAAUAAUUUAUCUUUACAGCCUCAAUUAGGUAUGUUAAUUUAAAAUUUUUAUUUCUCUGAAAAUUAAAUAUUUAUUUGAACAGAUUUGUUUAACCUUU